CCAUUAGAUCAUGGAUUCGAAUCAUAUCUAAACCCCCAUUUAAAAAAAAAAAGAUUUAUAAGAGGUAAGUUAUGCCCUUUAUAGGGGGGUGUUUGGAGUUUGGACAACAUAACUAAACUUCAGGGGUGUUUAUGCUUAUUUUUAUCAUAAUUACGGUUUUUGCGAAUAUGACAAAAAUAUAAAAAAAAAUGCAUAUAUACCCUCUCCAAAAAAACUCCAGCGAAGCCAAAUUCAAAUGCGGCUCUGUCGUUUCCCUCCAAGCUCACACCGGUCUCUCUUCAAAAGCAAAAGCUUCACGUCUUCGACGUCAACGGCUGCUCCGGACCUUAUUUAUUCAUUGAGCCGUUGCUCUAAUCUCAAACAUAUCAACCAAAUACAUGGCUUCAUGAUCCAUCAGGGCCUCCACCGGGACAACUUGUUACUCUCUCGAUUCGUGGAUGUUUGUAUGGCUCUCGGAUUCUUGGGCUACGCCUUUUCCGUCUUCGGUAGUAAUCCGGAUCCGAACAUUUACCUCUACAACACAAUGAUCAAGGCCCUCUCGCAGGCAGACUCCGCUAAGGACCCAAUCGGUCUCUUUAACCGGAUUCAAGUGGUUGGGUUGCGACCCGACUCGUACUCGUUCCCUUUUGUGCUGAAGGCCGUGAUUCGGUUAUCGACGGUUGAAACUGGGAAACAAAUUCACUGCCAAAGUUUAGUGAUCGGGUUGGACUCGAAUGUUAACGUGGUUACUGCCUUGAUUCAGAUGUACUCGUUUUACGGUUGUGUUCCGGAUGCACGGAAGCUGUUUGAUGGAGUGAGUUCAAGAGAUGUGGUGUUUUGGAAUGCCAUGGUUGCUGGUUAUGCCAAGGUUGGUGACAUGGAAAGUGCCAGAGAAUUGUUCGAGCGAAUGCCAGAGAGGAAUGUGAUAUCUUGGACGACUGUAAUUGCAGGGUACACUCAGAUAAACCGCCCAGAUGAGGCAAUCACAGUGUUCCAAAGAAUGCAGCUCGAUGGUGUGGAGCCUGAUGAGAUUGCAAUGUCGGCUGCACUUUCUGCUUGUGCUGAUUUGGGUGCCUUGGAAAUGGGAGAGUGGAUUCAUAACUAUAUUGACAAACGAGGACUCAAUAAAGUUGUUCCUCUUAAAAAUGCACUCAUAGACAUGUACGCAAAAUCUGGAAAAAUAGGGAAAGCCAUAAAAGUAUUUGAGAGUAUGAAGAGUAGGAGUGUUAUAUCCUGGACAACAAUCAUUGCGGGAUUGGCACUCCACGGACUUGCAAGAAAAUCGCUUGAGAUUUUCUCUCGUAUGGAAAUGGCUAAAGUGAAACCGAAUGUUGUUACAUUCAUUGCUGUCCUUUCUGCUUGUAGCCAUGUGGGAUUGGUUGAAAUGGGACUUUGGUUCUUCAGUAGCAUGAAACCGAAGUACGGGAUUGAACCCAAGAUUGAACAUUAUGGCUGCAUGGUUGAUUUGCUUGGACGUGCUGGUUAUCUUCAGGAGGCACAAGAGCUAGUCAAAAGGAUGCCAUUUGAGGCUAACGCUGCCAUUUGGGGGUCUCUUCUUGCUGCUUCUAACGUUCAUGGAGAUGCUGAUCUUGGAGCAACUGCUCUCCGGCAUCUAAUAAAGUUGGAGCCCAAUCAUAGUGGAAACUAUACACUUUUAUCCAAUAUAUAUGCUGCUGUUGGCAGGUGGAAUGAUUCUAGGAUGGUGAGGAAGAUGAUGAGGGACACUGGUGUUCAAAAGAUGCCAGGAGGUUGUUUCAUUGAGGUGAACAACAUAGUUCAUGAGUUUGUUGCCGGAGAUACAUUACAUCCUGAGUUUGAUAGGAUACAUGAAGUUCUAUGUAUGGUCACUGAGCAGUUGGAAUGUUGCUUACUAUUUGAAAAGAGAGGUAUUAGGCUGGACGAGAUUGAUGAGGGAUAGGGGGAAAUCUGGUUCUUGCCUGGGAACAUCUAAGAUGAUUCCAGCUUUUGGUGCUACAAUGAGUGGAGCUUUGCUCAUAUCACCCCAUUGACGAGUAGAUAUUCCAUGCUUUUUCUAUCUCUCCUCUUCUUGUAUUUUUUCUUGAGCUCUGCUUAGCUUUUUCAUAGACACAUACACCUUCGUUCUCUUCCCUUUCCUAUCCUGUUUCCCAUUUUUUAAAAAUAUCCUACUGAACUUUCCCUACAAAAGAAGACUUCAGAUUUUCCCUUAGAGGAAUUUCAGGGGCUUUA